AUAUAUAGUUCAAAAACGUACCAUAAUUAGAUUUCUCUUUCCCCCAAAUCUCAAUCGCCGGCAAAGAAGCGCGACACUACCAAAAUCAAUCGACCGGCAUCAAUCAACCGGCAAUGGAGAUGACGGAAGGAUUAGUGAUUCAUCAAGUUCUCGUCAAAUUCCUUGACGGAAAGCACAAAGCCCUAAAUUUCACUACCCCAUCCAUCUCCGCCCUAACCCUAAAGCACAAAAUACAGAGCCUAACUUCAAUUCCUUCUCACCUUCAGCUUCUACUGCCUUUCAAUUCGUUCUACCCUCUUCAUGACCACCAAACCCUAUAUCUCACAAACGGGUUGCCCGACAACCGAAAUAACGGGUCGCCGGAAAAUCUCACAAAUUUGUCUCCGGAGAAGGGAAAUUUUCCGGUUGUGGUGAAUUUGUUGCUUCGGCUAAGGGGUGGUAAAGGAGGCUUCGGUUCAUUGCUAAGAGGAGCGGCAACCAAGGCAGGGCAGAAGAAGACGAAUAAUUUUGACGCGUGUAGGGAUAUGAGUGGUAGAAGGUUGAGGCAUGUGAAUGCGGAAAAGAAGCUGGAAGAGUGGAGAGCAGAAGCAGAAGAGAGGAAAUUGGAGAAGAUGGCGGAUGAGUUUCUUAAGAAGAAUGCAAAGGAAGCUGCGAAGAAAGGUAAACAGGGUGCUACUGGAAGUAACACGGAUAAGUAUGUGCAGAAGUAUAGGGAGGAUUCUGCUAAGUGUAUGGAGGAAGUGGAUAGGUCAGUUAGGGAGUCCCUCAAGGGAUUCGUGUCAUCUAAAAGGAAGGGGGUUGAGCUCAAUGAAUCAGAGUCCAAAAAGCUCAAGAUAUGGAAGGGUAAGAGGAUAAUGGGCGAUAGUGAUAGCGAGGAUCUAGAUGAUGAUGAUGAUGACAGUGAUGAAGAAGAGGAAGAGAAAGAGAAAUCCAUCGUCAUAGAUAAUGGGGGCAAUUCAGACUCCAAUGGAGAAGCAGAGGGAAGUUUGGAUUCUGUAACUGGCAGAAAAGUUGAUGGUGGUGCAUCUGAGAGUGGCUCCGAGGAAGAAAAGGAUACUCUUCUUCUGACGAAUCUUGAACCUGGUAAAGAUGUCAAUGUAAAUGCAGUUCACCAUGAAAGUGAAAGUCUGUCCUCACUCACUCCAGACAGUCCAGAAAAUACUGGGCAGAGUGUUGUUGCCUCUAGUGUUGGCACUGAUAUUGCAUCUGCGAUUGAAAGUAUUCACACAGAAAAAGAAGCUUCUGGUGCUUCUGAGCCAAUUGUUGUGGAGGGGAGCUCUGGUGUGAAAGAAAACAAUGCUGCAGAACCCAGUAAUAAUCUAAGCUCUAUAUCAGAACCUCAGGAAGAUGCACUCUCAAAGGAUUCAGAGUUAGAAAAACCUUUGAAUUUUGAGCAGUUUAGUUCAGCAGCGGAACUGGAGGUACUCGGCAUGGAGAGGUUAAAGUCAGAACUUCAAGUGCGUGGGUUGAAGUGUGGAGGCACCCUGCAAGAACGUGCAGCCAGGCUUUUCUUACUCAAAACCACACCUUUGGAGAUGCUUCCAAAGAAGUUGGUUGCUAAGAAGUAAUUUUGUGCUCGUUUGUUUUGCUAUUGUAGCUGGUUGUAAUUGUAACCUCAUGUUUCAAGUGUAUUUGACUUGCUAUGUAAAUAUGCGUGUGCAUUUUUCUAUAUAUUUCAACAACUUCCAAGGACGAACAGCAGUAAUUCACCUUUUUAGAGUAAUAAAAGGUGACUAAUGUUCAUUUGGUUCCGAUAUUUCUGAA